AUGAAAGCCGCCACCUCCUCCCUAACCAAAUAUUUUCAGAAAACCGUAUCUGGAACUCAGAAAUACAUUGUAGCCUCAGAUUUCCCUCAGCAGAUACUUCAAGGAAGCUCCAAUGUGAACGGCUCAGAGAUCCCAUCCAGACAUGCUCUUCGAAAACAUAAAUAUUACCUUCAACUCCCAGCCUUAACUCUUCCCGAUUCGCUUGACUUAGCAGCAACCGAUUGUCUCCGGGAGUACAAUACUUUCUCUAUCAAACACCUAAAACAGUUAUCGACUCGCUUGAUCAAUCAUCUUCAUGAGAGAGAACUCCUGACAGAAAAAGAAAUCAUUGAAAAGUUAGCGAAACAUCGUGAUGCAGAAACAAAGAAGUUUGAACACUCAAUUACUGAAGUUGACGAAGGAACAGAAGCUGCUCUACAAUAUCACGUCGAGAAUCCAUUUAUUGGCUCUGCCAGAAGUGAAAGGGAGAUCAGAGCCCAAUGCCUAUCUACUUGGAAGUCUAUCAACUAUAAUGAAAGCAACAGUCUUCUAUAUCUGGUUGGACGUUUGGCACCGAACUUUGCAGUUGCGUGCAGGAUACUUUAUGAGAUUAGGAAACGUGCACCGCUAUUUGUUCCAACUUCACUUUUUGAUUUUGCUUCUGGUCUCGGAACUUAUACUUGGGCAGCCAACACAAUUUGGCCAGCAGGCUGCAUUCGUGAGCAUCAUCUUGUCGAAGCUUCUGGGCCAAUGACUGUGCUCUCGGAAUUCCUCCUGUCCAAACGAGGCCAGGGUAUCCCACCCAAUACCUACAUAUUCCCUGGUGUGCGACAUCGACGGUUUAUUCCUUCUGUUGAUGUAACUGGCGACUUGGUUAUGAGCGGUUAUGCACUGCUAGAGAUGGCAGGAGAACACGAUCGUAGGCGUGUUAUUGAGAGUCUGUGGUCUCGCACAAAUGGAUUUCUGGUUCUUAUUGAAGAGGGCACUAAGGCAGGACAUGCUGCGCUACUGGAAGCUAGAGAUUGGCUGAUUCGAAAUGGUGGUGAUGAAAUGCACAUUUUUGCUCCUUGUCCUCAUAGCUUUUCUUGUGGCAGAGCCGGUCUUGGUUGCAAAUCCGCUGUGAAGUACUAUCAAUUCGGACUUACAAAAGAUCCAACUUACACGAAUGAAGAGACCUUCAGUUACCUCGUAGUGAGUCGUGGUGACUGGCGACGGUUCACAAAAGAGGGUUUAAACGGCAAGGAAGUGUCCACUCAUCCCCGAAUUGUCUCACCUUGUCCGGCUGGUGGUGGCGCUGCUCUUGAUAUCGAUUUAUGCCUUCCCAAUGGCGAUUGUGAACGAGUGGUCUUUUCAAAGUCGGGGACUAAUCAACAGCUGUACUUUUUCCUGAAAAAUUCUCUCGCUGGAAAUAUUGCCCCCUGCGAGCGUGUGGAAGACGCAGAUACAAGUUUGGAAAAUUCAGAUGAAGUUUCUACUGAAAUUACUACUGCAGGCUAG